ACACUCCAAUCUGCUCAUUGAUGACAAAUUGACAUUAUGCUGUUCAAUCUGUGCACCUUCUUAACAGCUCUGGCAUGUGUCAGCGGCCAAAGGAUGGUCACUCAAAAACCCUCCAUACUGACUCUGAGUAAAGGAGAAACGGCCACCUUGCACUGUCAGAAACCCACAGAUGAUAGUAGUAAUAUUUACUGGUACAAGCAGGUCCCAGGAGGAGCUCCCCAGUUCGUCCUGUAUUACUACCAUACUUACAGCUCUCCCACAUAUGGAAGUGGAUUCUCCUCCAGCCGCUUCACCUCCAGGGCCCAGUCUAACACAGAUUAUCAGUUAGUAAUAAGCAGCGUGGAGCUGGACGACUCUGCUGUGUAUUACUGUAAGAAAUGGUUUAGCUCUCCAACUGAAGCAGUAUUCGGACAAGGCACUAAACUGAUCGUCAGCGACCCCUCCCUGGAGGCUCCCUCACUGACCCUCCUCCCUCCGUCCAGUGAGGAGCUCAAGGCAGGUAAAGCCACACUGGUUUGCCUGGCUAAGAUGUCUGCUGCAUUUGCCGACGUCAGCUGGACACACAACGGGAGCCCACUAACCGGUGGAGUUUUCACCAGCUCUGCUACACAGCAGGCAGAUAAAACCUUUGGUCUGAGCAGCUUCCUGAGUGUGAAGCCCUCAGAGUGGGACAGCGAUGGCGUCUUUACCUGCAAAGUGACACUGGGGGCGAAAUCCACAGUGGCAGAGAUAAAGAAGAGCAAUUGUGCCGAGUGAAAAGUGCAUCUUCAUUCGCCUUUUGUUCAUUUCUGUGGCCCCUUUAUUUUCUGUAGGCAAACUUUCAGUGUUUUACAAAGAGGUGUUGAGGUUAAUAUGCUUGAAUAAUAAGACAAAUUUUGUUAUUAUUUUCUGCAUUAUGAGAGUUGUAUGUUUCUGUGUUGAUGCACUUGAUCCAAAACUG